AUGAGCAAAGAUAGCGACAGGCCUAUGUUUGAUGCAAGUGCAUCGGAUCGUUGCCGUGCAUUCAAGUUUUUCAUAGCAAAUUUCAGAGAUUAUUCUGUAUUGGGAGACUAUGUAGACCCCACGAAGGAAAUUGACAGUAAUGACUACUGGAUAGCAGCGAAAAGACCAAAAGCGUUAGCUGCAUUAAGGAGAGCCUUUCCUCAGGCAGAAUGGGAUGUGCUCACGACAACCAUUGAUGCCCAAAUAGCAGCUGAUGACAAGCUUAACCCAGCUAAGUGGCUCACACAGUUGUCCAACUAUUAUCUUGGGGGAGAACCCAUAAUACAAAGCACACACAACUUCCUUCACAUUCUGAAACAGGAACCCGGCAUGUCUGUUCAAGACUGGCACACCACAGUUAGACUGAACUACCAGAAAUGUGACUUCCCAUCAGCUGUGGAUGACCGACUUCAACGUGACAAUUUUGUAAUCGGGCUGACUGACACGUACAAGCGUUUUCGUGGUGAUGUUAUUGCCCAUGAAAGUUUUACAGCAUUGAACUUUGCUCAAGUCAUAGCAAAGGCCCGAGAUUUUGAGGAUGGCCUAAAAAUGGAAUUUGCCAUCUCCCAACAUCAGUUGGAAGAAACAGCUAACAGAGUUGCCUCCACCAAACCAAUAAAUUCUCGUCUAUCAGGCAAUUGUUCAGUUGCUGGUUCUACCACCUGUCGAUGGUGUGGUCGAUCACCUCACUCCAGCCGCAGUGCCUGCCCUGCAAAAAAUGAUACAUGUCAUAGUUGCGGAAAACGAGGAUACUGGCAGCAUGUGUGCAAAGGAAAUUAA